AUGUACUUUUACUUAUUUCCAGCUGUUGUUAACUUUGUAGAAGGAACCAAAGACAUCCAGGAGCUCUGUCAGAGGUUUGGAGGAAGAUAUCUGUUUUUUGACAUCAGUGACGGGCAGAGGGUCAAAGAGCUGCUGCAGGAGCUAGAAAAAUGUAAAGUGUCCCAGUUUAAGCUCAAAACGAAAAUGGCCUAUGCUGCUCCGCUGCAUGGCGUGGGCUGGCUCCCCGACAGGUCUGAACCGGCCGGGGAAUGCGCCGCUCCCCCCGGACCCCCAGCGCCUCCGGGAGCCGGUGCUGUGCCUCAGAGGAACCGGGUCCUGCACAGGGGACUCUGGCACGCGUUCAGGGACGCGAGCCGGCAGGCCCCGGUCACCUGGGCCAAUCAGGGCUCCAGGUGUGAGAUUGUUACCUUUUAUGGAGAACGCCAGCUGUCUCUGGAGCGCGAUAAAGCCGGCGCGUGCCGGCGGACCGGGCACAGCUGGGACUGA